AUGAAAUUAAGAAUAGCUCUAGAAUUCCUACAUAGAGAUAAUGAGUUUUUAAUCGCUGCAGAGCUUGGUGAUGAUAUAUUACUGGAUAAAUAUAUAAAGCAAGGCGAAAACAUUCAGCAAAUGGAUCAUCUUGGAAGAAAUGCGCUUCAUUUGGCUGUGUGUUCUGACAAUGAACAUGCGAUUACUUUACUUUUAGACGCUGGCGUAAAUCCUAAUCAUAAGGAUAACGUUGGGAUGACGCCCCUUUCGCUUAGCCUUAUGAAAAGUCCGUCUUUGAAAAUUGCGAUGCUGCUGUUUGAUCAUGGUGCAAAAAUACUACCAAGAGUCGAGCCUACAGAUACAGGACUUUUUCUUCAAUUUUUAAUGAUGUGUGAACCAUCAGAAGAAGAUGAGAAAAUAAUAAGAUUAAUGAUUGAAAAAGGCGCCUUGGUGAACGACCCUGAAGCACCAGGCAGACGACAAGCACUUCAUUUCGCAGCCAUGAGCAAUAAUUGUAAAUUAAUAAAGCUAUUAUUAAAUUUAGGAGCAGAUUUAAGUUUGACGAACCACAGAGACGAAACUCCCAAAGAAGUGGCAAAUACAUUUGGAUGUAAAGAAGCCCUUCAGUGCUUAAAAGAAUUGGACUGUGAUUUUGUACGCGAAUGCUUAGACACGUUGAACGAAAUUGAUGAAAUUAGCUAA